GCUGUCUGAGCUGAUAAUGUGACAUUAAACGUUCAACUCCUUCCAAUUCCGAAGAAGUGACUGACAAAUUAGUGUUAUCUUUGCAAAGCAAGUCAGCCACAUGCCAAUUCUUUUCGUGGGAGGGUCACUUGUCUCCGUUGCUGACUCUGCAAACAAGUGGCAAGCAAACCUAUUCACAAUUGUUGUGUAUUUCAACCCAUGUUGCCUGUAUUCAAUCCAUACAUACAUUUUAGACUCGCAUACGUUUUUACAUAUGUACAAAUGUAUUUCUGUCCGAGUCGCAAUUACAACUCGUGUGGUUCUCUAUAUCAACUAAGAAAUAGCAGAGUGACCACAAAUUUAUCAUUAACUCUCCCAGCGUGAAGGAUGAGUCCAGAAAUAAAAGAUAAAUGAGGAUCAUACGAUGAUGGCCAAUAAUAUUUUCCAUUACUUCCUUCCAAUGUUGCUUAAUUAUCCGAGUGUGUAGUAGGACAACAAAAUGUCCAUCAUGCCCUUGUGGCGACGGCAUUUAUAAUAAAAAUACAAUCAAAAUUAGCACGUACAUAUAACAGGCAGGCGGUCGUACCUUAAUGAAUGGCACACGCACGCAAAUUUCCUAGAGUCCUCUCAAACAACUAAUUAAGGUUACCCAAAUAUUGCUGUCUAUACAUAUAUGAAAUUUCACGGGCGAUGCUUUAGGUUGUCAAUGAUAGUAAAAUGUCUAAUUGCAUAAUUCAAGAUGAUUGUGAUACGCUAAUUGGAAUGAACCCUGGUGAUGAUACUUUUGUAUUUGAAUCAGAGAAAGUAGGUUAAAAACAAGCACCUUAUAUAUCAGCUAAAUUUGACAAGUGUGACCUAAUUCCUAAACAAACAACGUUUCCGAACCAACUUGCAAAUUUUUAGGUACAUAUCCGAAAUUUUUUUGAUCAAAUCAUCAUUCGCCUAUUGACACGCUAGGGAGAACAACACAAACAAUCACCAACGAGUGCGUGAAUAUAGAGAGCUAGCAUUAUGUCCAAAUUCGAAGGGUUCAGUAGUAUCCAAAGAAAAAUCAUAAACACUUUCAGCUAUUGUCCAAUAUCUUUAACAACGGUUGAACAUCUUGAUAAGGGGGGUCACUUUAGACUCGUCUCAGCGUCUUGGUGGAGGAUUAUGUUCUACAUUGCAUUCAAUUUAAAUACUCUCGUGAAGCUCAUUUACCUUGUGCUCUUGGUAUUGGGGUGUUUUGGACCAGUCAACUUCCUGGAUAAAAUAUCUGCACUUUUGUGGAUUCUAAUUUGUCUCGAACUAUUGCAAGAGUUAAUUUUUUGGGUCAACAAAUAUCCCAUCUUUGAGGUUCUAUCCAAUCUAUGGAAAGUCGAGAACAAGAUAUUCAUGCGCCUUGGACGGCCUAUGAUUCUGAAACAAAAGUGCGACAAGAUCAACUAUUCAACACUUCUCAUUCAUGGCGGGAUUUUGAUAAUCGGCUGCGUCUUGUUGGGGGCACAAUUCAUCUAUUCCCCAAAAUACUCUGUCUACACCUACGCUGCAUUUGAACACGAGAACGAUUUUCUCUUGGCGGUCUUUACCUGUCACGAAGUAUUCUUUAUGUACAAUGCUUGGAACGGCUACUUGUCCAUUGUUAUCUUGAGCUCAGUCAAUGCUGUUGAGCUCUCUGGUAUUUUGGAGGGAAUGACAAGUUAUCUGCUAUCACAGUCAGUGUCUCUGUCAUGUGACAUUGAAACAGCAUUAACACAAGAUCUGAAUCAGUGCAUUAUUGGGGCAUCUAAUAAUAAUAACAAGAUUGAAGGAAAUCGAAAGAACAUCACUGACCUUGGAGCAGUUUGCACUAACUCGUCGUACUAUAAUGUUUACGAUGUUAUCGCAGACUACAAGAAGCUCAUGCUGGCUUCCGACUUGCUAAAUUCUUGGUGUUCCUACAGAAUUAUCGGGAUUCAUACAAUUGGCUAUAGCCAGUUCAUUACUGACGUAUUUAUCAUGAUCCAGCUCGCAAAGCUACCCAAUACUGAUUGGUCCGCAGUAAUGUGGUUCGGUGAAGACGCAAUGGUUUGCAUUUUCAUGAUCUUUCGAAUGUUUUCUCUAAUGGCUCGCGUUGCUCCGGCUUCGGAGAACUUCAUGAGACAGGCAACCGAAUGUUUGAGCGUGGAUGCUCUACACCGAAAGCGAAACAAAAAGGUUGCAAAAACCAUGCGUCUUGUUGCAUUGAAAUUGGGACCUUGUCCAGUUAGACCUUCGUCCGUGGGGUCGUCAGUUAUGAUGCUGAUGAACUAUUACUUAUGCGUGGCAUUGUGGAAGUAAAAAUAAACUGAAUUUACAUAGUUUAC